GGUCAAAAUGCCAUUCGUUUCGUUUGUUAGUACAACAAUCGAUAAACAUCCUUAUCAAGCGUCCAUACAAUAUAGCGGAAGACAUAUUUGUAGCGGCGCAAUCAUUUCAAGUCUAUACAUUUUGACUACAGCUCAAUGUGUUGAUCGGAGAUCACUUGAUCUGUUGAGUGUUCGCGUCGGUGCGACCGAAUACAAUCGUGGCGGACGAACAGUUUCCGUUAGUUCAAUCAACAUAAAUCCCGAUUUUAAUGCGAGAACGUAUGACUAUGAUAUAUCCAUUUUAAAACUAACAUCGUCCCUCGCCUUUUCCAAUACCAUAAAAUCAAUUGACAUGAUUGCUGCCGGUGAGGAUGUGGAACCGUUGACUAAGGUCAUCGCGGCCGGCUGGAAUAGUGCGACCAAUGACGAUUUAAGCUCUAACGAAUUAGUUAUCGUUUCGGAAAAGGAAUGUCGUCGUUUGUACGGAUUAAAUGCCAUCAUGCCAAAUAUGAUAUGUGCAGGCGGUGGAACCGACGGAGUUACCGGUGGCGAAGAUACUUGUCUCAUUGAACCAGGUACGACCUUGAUUGUGGAGAAAGCCACUAAAGAUUCAGCUGGAGUAACGUCUGUCAAACCGAUAUUAAUUGGUUUAGCCGCUUGGGGAUACGGAUGUACUCGUCCGCAAUAUCCGUACGUUUACACGUCAAUUUCUAGCAAUCGAGAAUUUAUUCGCAAAACGAUAUCUUAAAAAGAAUGCAAUCUAAUCUAUUGUUGUUGAUGAUGUUGACAUCGUGGAAUAAAUGAUCUUUCUUGAAUUCAA